UAGUAUUUCAAGCUAAUCACACGUUCUGCUCGAGAUGGUAGAACAGGUGAAUUUCGCUGAGGUGUUUCUGAGUGAGACUCUCGGAGCUGGAGCCUGUGCAGUGGUGCGCAAAGGUAUCUUUAAGGCCCAAGAAGUCGCGGUGAAGGCGUACAAUUUGCAGGUUCAAUCCGUCAGGAACAAUGCCGAAAGGGAAAUCCAAAUACUGUCGGAGAUCGAACACGAAAACGUUGUCAAGGUUAUUGGCUCGGCCAGCGAUGGGAAGACGGGGUACAUGCUAAUGGAGUAUCUGCAGAAUGGGUCGCUCUACGAUUACCUCUACGGCGAAGAUCAGUGGGCGUACACGGUGGAGCAGGCUUUGCGCUGGGCCUUCCAGUGUGCCAAGGCCCUAGCCUACUUACACACGAAGGAACAACCUGUGCUUCAUCGCGAUAUAAAGCCGCAGAACCUUGUGCUGGACAAUCAGUUUGAAACCCUGAAGAUUACGGACUUUGACCUGGCCACGGAUAUGUCCAACAACAGGUCAGACAUGCGAGGGUCCGUGAGGUAUAUGGCCCCAGAGGCCUUUCGGGAUAGGAAGUAUACGGUUAAGAGCGAUGUGUACAGUUUUGGCAUAGUGCUUUGGGAGCUAAUGGCGCGUUCCCUGCCCUAUGAGCACUAUGAGAACAUCGGUAAUCAAUUCGCCAUUCUGAGAGCUGUAAACGAGGGGAGGUCCUUGGACGCAGUGAGAUCCGAUUGCCCAGAGGGCAUCAAGCAGAUGAUAACACGUUGCGUGCAUGCAGAUCCCGAGAAACGCCCUACUAUGAAAGAGAUCGAGGAGUUCCUGGGCAAACUGUGUGAAACCGGGAUUGACGAGGCCUUCACCGAGGUUCUGGACGAGGACACCGCUGCCGUGGUGACCUACCACGAGGAUGCGUCCGGCAACAAGAUGAUGCGCGUGAUCUUCUGGCGACGUCUGGGAGAACCCAUCCGUAUGAUCGUUCCGAUUGCAAAGCGGGAAGCCAGGCGAACGGGAGAGGUCGUUGUACGCGAGACGGUUCGAGCUUCCGAGGAUGUGGGCAGGGAGACGGCCAGGGCGGCCCAGGAUACGGAGCGGGAAACGCGACGAGCGGAGAGACAUACCGAGCAGGAAACCUCGAGGGCUGCGCACGAUGGCGAGCGGGAGUCGAGGAGGGCCGCCCAGGAUGUGGGCCGCGAAACCAAGCGGGCUAUCAAGAAAAUAGGGAGGAAGCUGCGCUUCUAACCAGAAAUAUGAUUAUUAAUUCGUUAUGCUAAUGUGCGGGAAUGAUUAAUAAAGCCGACUGCACGCAGAGCGACA